GAAGCAACAGCUGAAGCAUUUUUCAAAUCACCCUACUUUGCUGUUGUAGGCGCCUCCGGAAAUGAAGCCAAAUUCGGACAUAUAGUUUUCACCUGGUACAUCGAUGAGAACCUACCCGUCACCCCAAUCAAUCCUUCCACCCGCCUAAUCACAGUACAUGACAUAAAAUACCCAACUACCAAAGAUGUUCUCUCUCUUCCUCACCCUUCGGAGACGGCCUUAUCCUUCCUGACACAGACCGACCAAACGCGAAAAGCACUGGAAGAGGCAAAAGAAGUUGGUGUACAAGCAGUGUGGUUCCAACACGGUAGCGUUACCCCAGAAGACUUCGAGUACGCUCAAAGAGAAUUCAAGAUUGUUGUCGGUGGACAUGUUGGUACAGACGCACAUGACGGAUGGUGCGUGCUUGUUCAUGGAAAGAAAGCUAUAAGA